AUGCCAUCCUUACCCACCACCUCUCUCGAUCAAGCAUAUCAUGCCCUUCUCAAACGCGGUCGCCUAUCUACAGAUAUAUCCCAGGCAUCCUUGAUCAAACGCCUAUCCGCAAUACAACAUGGCCUCGACGCCGACACCGCCGCUUCACCGACAGGUCUCUACAUCCAUGGCUCAGUCGGAACUGGAAAAUCGUAUCUGGCAUCUCUAUUCACGUCAACUCUGCCUUCGCAUAUUUCCCGCCGACGAGCGCACUUUCAUGAGUUCAUGCUGGAUGUGCAUAGCCGCCUGCAUGUCGCUCGCUCCUCAUCUUCUGGCUAUGGUUCUUCCGACCCUUUGCCGGUGAUUGGGCGUCAGAUCCAUGCGGAAAGCAAAGUUCUGUGUUUUGACGAGUUCCAAGUCACGGAUAUAGCGGAUGCGAUGAUUUUGCAGCGACUGAUGGGGGCAUUCUGGAGCGCGGGCGGUGUUAUGGUAGCGACCUCGAACCGUGAGCCAGACAAGCUCUACGAGGAUGGACUCAAUAGAGAACUCUUUCUACCGUUCAUUGCUAUGCUAAAAUACAGAUGUGAGACGUGGGCGUUGGGUGGCUCACAAGAUUAUCGCUUGUUAGGAAGGGAUGCAGCAGAACAAGGACAAGAAGUCUUCUUCACCAAUCCUGCAGAAUACCGAGCAAGCCUUGAUGCUGCCACUAAGGGACAAAAGCUGGAACCCGUCGAAGUUCCAGUGAUGAUGGGGAGGAAACUGCUGGUCAAUGGUAUCCCGAACUCGGACGAAGAAGGAAAACUUACCGUCUCAUCAACCUUUACUGAACUCUGCGAGGCCAAGCUCGGUGCAGCAGACUACCACGCUCUCUGUCGGAAAGCGAGAACUAUCUACUUAGAUGGUCUUCGCCGCUUCCGCCUCUCAGAACUCGACUUCGUUCGCCGCUUCAUCACCCUCAUCGACUUGGCAUACGAAUCCGGCACCAGAGUUGUCAUCUCCUCUAACGUCACUAUUGACGAGGCCUUUGCCGAGAUAGUGGAUAAUGAACGACAGCGAUUGAUGAAAAAGCAGGGAGGACUUAAGAUGAUCGUCAAGAAGGGAGGUGGCAGCAGUUCGAGUAUGAUGAGUACUUUUGUUUCUGACGAUACAGAGUGGUCGGCGACUGGGCUGGCAGAGGCAAGUCUGGCGACUGGUGGUGCGGGUGAGACUGAUGUGGGAUUUGCGAUUGGAAGAGCUGUAUCUAGACUUCAUGAGAUGGGGUCCUCCAUGUACGGACGAUUGGACUGA